AUGAGCGCUUCACUAAGAUAUCGACCCAUAGAGGAACGUGAAUUAGCGAAAGAUUUUGGAUUUGAUGUUACAGCUCCUUCUGGUGGUGUCCAAACAUCUGGUGCCAAUAACAGAGAAUACAAAACGGAAUGUCGGAAAAUUUACAGUGAAUUUCUCAUGAAUAUGAGAGAUUACAUCUUUCAAGAGGAACAAAUUAAAAAAGAAUUGACGAAAUUGCGAGCACAAACAGCAUCACCCCAUAAACAAGCAAGAGAUCCAAUAAUAAGCUUGAGUUCGAGGUGUUCGUCCACAAGGCGCGAUAGUCUUUAUAGUGACACAGGCCUCCACGAUAAGGAGAUUCUGAGACCUGGCAGAAUUGAUCUGAGUAAAAAGAGACCAAAAACUGUCAUUGGGACUGUGCGAGGGCGAGAUGUCAAUUUAGAUCAUGUUGAUGGUCAAGAAGAUAAUAUUCUACCAGAUAUAAUUACAACUCAUGGUGGUUCAACGUCAAUAACCACUAAUCAAACAGUCAAACAUUCCUCCUCUGCAACGGACAACAGAAAGCAAACUUCCCCAAGAGAUCGAGAGGAUCAUAAUGCAAUUGUAGAAAGUAGUUCAGACUUUGCUUGUAGUAGGGUUAUCAGAAUGAACCCCCGCGCUUAUUCUAAAUUGGUGUGUGGAAAAGCUAACGUUCAUGUUUUGAAUAGGAGUUCUGGAUAUCUUCUAAAGCCAGUUUCAGAAACUAAAACAGAUGUUCUUAUGCCAAAAAAUGUCGGUAGAUCAAACGUUCCAGAAAGAUUAGCUAUUGUCAGAGAAAGGACCAAUUUCAAAUCUCCAACUUUAUCUAACGACCUGAAGGUAAAUAAUUUAUUAGCUAUAAAGAAAUCUUUAGUUGGUGACACAUCUCCCAGAUUGACUGUAGGUCAUGUGAUGAACAGUGCAAGAGAAAGACGCUCGAGACUCUACAGAAUUCAGUUAACAUCGGAUGUGAUAGAACAUUCUAAAAUCCAAGAUCAGAGAAGUCCAAGAAUUAGUCAUUACUGCAAGUCAAAGGCACCGUGUUCAUCUCCGCCGACAGCUCGUCUAACAAGAAAAAAUUUGGCUAGAUUUGAACAGGAUAUUCAAAAAGAAGCCAUAGAAAAGCUCAGGAAGACUGUUGUCGAGAUGGUGUCUAGUGUUGAAAAUAGGGUUGACGAAGAAAAUCAUUCUGGUGAUAAACAUUCCAUCCAAUCGAGGAGAUGUGACGAAUACCCAGUUGACCGAAUCCAUGAAGACGCCUACCUGUACAACCAACAUACUCCUCGAAUCCAGGAACAAGACGCAAUAGCAGAUUCUGAUCAUAGACCAAAAUAUGAUACCGGUUUACGGCGGAUGUCAAGAGUUUCAUAUUUAGAACCUGUCACUAAAACUGAGUCUCGUCGAGGAAGCACAUUUUUAGAAAGGAUUAAAGAUGGUUCCCGAUCUCGACUAAGGAGUGAAAUGUCCACGAGACCUUCGACUAUGCACAGUGGUUUUUGUUCUGAAAAUUCGUCACCUCGCAGAGUGAGCCAUCAAGAAACAAUAGCAUUGGUGAAACAAUCAAAAACAGAUGAUGACUAUAGAGAUAAUGAACUCAAUCUUUGGAGACAGAGGAUGAUAUUUGCUGCUGGGAAAAAAGAUCUACCUGUAUCCAAGGUUUAA